CCUAACAACCCAAGAGCUUCACUAUAGUGUAAAAUUUCAGCCCGGAGGAUAUUUAGCUUAGCUUAGCUAACGCCUCGACUCGAGCGACGCAGUAUAAUGAUCUUCUGAAGCUUCUCGGGUGGCGGGGAAACAAUAUGGAUGACCGCAUGAUCACUGAGACGUACGCCUUCGCGUACUAAAGGGCCUGCACAGGGCCAGGAGCAGCAGUAGAGUGUGAGCAACCGGACACGUCAGGACACACAGUGCCGUCCUCACACACACACACACACACACACCAUCAUGGAGGAGUCACAGGAGGCGGCAGAGCUCCCGGCAAAGAAAGCGAGGCAUGACCCAGAAGUCAGUCAGGAAGAAGAUGCGAGAGGCACGGUUGCUCAUAACAACAGAGCAGACGUUUUAGGCUCUGAGGUCACCACUUACCGUCCAUCAUCCGCUGUUCGCCUAGAUUCUGUUCCAGGGAAUCAAGAACGUUCAAAUCAACACAUAUCAUCAGGCUGUGACUCAGAUCGCUCUUAUACUAAAGUUGAGACAUGCAAAGAACUCGCAGCUACAGAAUCUGAAUAUACCUCACACAUCUACCAAGGAAACAACCCUGCAGUUACCACAUACGACAGCCAGGUGGCGUUUUCUUCUCUGGGUCAGUCAGCAGCGUACAGCACCUUCAGCCAGACGGGCCAAACCUACGGCCUGCCUCCGUUCGGUCUGUCCCAGCCUGGAGCUUUACUUCAUACCACUUUACCACUCGUGCUGUCACUGCAUUUAAAGCACCAGUCACUGCACACGCAGCUUCCAUUCGCAUUCACAUUUCCACUCACGUCCGCUUCAUCUCAUUCUCUUUUCUCUGCGUUCUCUUUCUUGUGUACGUGUGUCCUCUUUUUGCUCCAUGCCUCCACCCACACCCGCGUGGCCGUAGGUGCCAUGUGGCCGGGCAUUAAGAGCGAGCCCAGGCUGCAGGACGUGCCCGCUGCUGGCCAGACGCCGUUUCUCAGCUUCAGCACAGCUUAUACUUCGACGCAGCCGUGCCAGACCCACUACUCGUACCCCAGCCAAGGUUCCUGCUUCACUACGUCCAGUGUGUACUCCAACAUCCCCACAGCCCCCGCUGUCACCACAGCUACCGCUACACAUCAAGAGUUCUCCAGUUAUAACUCACUGGGACAGAACCAGUUCUCCCAGUAUUAUGUCCCUCCCAACAGUUACCUCCCACCCGCACCCCCCAGCAGCGAAGCGGACGGAGACGACGUCUCGGUGCCGCCUUACACGCCUGUAAAGACCGAGACUAGUGCCUCCACAGGACUGCCCAGCUCCACAGCUGCGUCUCCAGCCAGCGUGACCCUCCCCCCGGGCGCGGCUCAGGACGAAGCCGCCCGCAGAAACGCUCCGCCCAAAGCGAAAGGCAAAGGAAAGAAAUCCGACAGCGGCCAGUCGACAGACAACGACCUGGAGCGAGUCUUCUUGUGGGAUUUGGAUGAAACCAUCAUCAUUUUCCACUCUCUUCUCACGGGGUCGUUUGCACAAAAGUUCGGCAAGGAUCCCGCUACGGUGCUUAAUCUGGGCCUGCAGAUGGAGGAGCUGAUCUUUGAGCUCGCAGACACGCACCUGUUCUUCAACGAUCUGGAGGAGUGCGAUCAAGUCCACGUUGAGGACGUGUCCUCUGAUGACAACGGGCAAGAUUUGAGCAACUAUAACUUUUCGAACGAUGGGUUCAGUGGAACGGGUGGAGCAGGAGGGCAAAGCUCCAACCCAGCAGUGCAAGGUGGAGUGGACUGGAUGCGCAAGCUGGCCUUUCGGUACCGCCGCCUUAAAGAGAUCUACAAUGGAUACAAAGGGAAUGUAGGAGCUCUGCUGAGUCCCCUGAAGAGGGAGCUGCUGCUGCGAGUGCGCAGUGACAUCGAGACCGUGACGGACAGCUGGCUCAGCACUGCCGUCAAAUCCCUCCUGCUGAUCCAGUCCAGGGGCAGAUGUAUGAAUGUUCUGGUCACCACCACUCAGCUGGUUCCUGCUCUGGCUAAAGUGCUCCUGUACGGACUCGGGGACGUUUUCCCCGUCAACAACAUCUACAGCGCCACCAAGAUCGGAAAGGAAAGCUGCUUCGAGCGCAUCGUGUCACGUUUUGGAAAGAAGGUGACCUACGUGGUUAUAGGAGACGGCCGGGAGGAGGAGUUCGCAGCUAAGCAGCACAACAUGCCUUUCUGGCGAAUCUCUACUCUCGGUGACCUGGUGUCUCUACACCAAGCUCUGGAGCUGGACUUCUUAUAGAGCGCACACCCAGGCUCUUUCUCACACACACACACACACACACACACACACACACACACACACACACACACACACACACACUGAGUGUUGGACACCCGAUGAGGCUGGGAGAACAGAAGAAGGCUUCGAGCCUGCAGGGAAUCCUUCCACUACCUUUAAGGCAGCUAAAUACCCGGGCAUAUACGAGCGUGGAACUGCGAGAACAUCUUCAGACGUACACAAGGAUGGCGAGAAAGAUCCAGACCUGGCCCUCGUACUGCCGGCCCGCCGCACAAAGCACUGCGUGUUUUUAUGAGCAUUUCUGUUCAAACUGGAUUCACCAAAGGAAAGACCAAAGCCCUGCUCUGGUGUAAGAUUUUGGAAUUUUUUUUUUUUUCUUUCGUCGAUUUCUUUCUUUCUUUGGUUUUCUAGUUUGUGUUCCUGAUCCUGAUUUUAAUUUCUGCUGGACGUGGACGUGUUUUUCUGUUUUGCACUCGUAUCGGACUGGACUGACGGCAGAGCCCGAACGCGGAUACGGAACAGCCGAUUGGGUUUCUCUCUGACCCGUUCGACUCGUUAAUACGCCGCAUUCACAUUUCACCAAAACACGUCCAUCAGGUGAUCUACAGUAACGAUAUUCACUUCCCCUGCACGUAUAUUUCAUCACUCUCACUCCCAUAAUCCUCUGCAAGAACCCUUCACUUUGCUGUAACGAGAGCGCUUCAUAAAUCUGUUAAUGGCAA